GUUGGUUCUUUCCUAAACCGGCCUUGACAAGUCCAAAGGAAUAGAUUUUUAAUCGAAAAAGAAAUUCCAAAUUCAUCGUUAGCGAUCCAAACAUCCCGAUCGGCUUGUGAGGAUGGACGGUCUUAAGAUCCCUGGACCUGGGGGCACACUAGUCAAGAAGGCCAAGGACAUGGCCGACUAUUUGGGCAAACUGGAGAUCAGGAGCGAUGAGCUGCUGAUCGACGCCGAGAAGGUGGACCAGGAUCUGGCCAACUGUCGCAAGUUCCGCGAGGAGCAGCUGAUGAAGCAUCUGGCAAUGAACAACAACGACGAGGAACAGAUGCAGAUGCUUCGCGACAAUGUGGAGCUUAAAGAGACCGCCGACGAGUUCCACCACGGCAUCGAGCUGAUCAUGGACAAGUACCGGCGCCACUGUGAGGGCGACAUGUUCAUCGAUAGCUACCAGCUGAGGGAGCGCUACAUGGCCGGCCUGGCGCAGGUGGUCAAGGAGCAGGACGCCCGGAUCGAGCACAUGGUGGAGGUGAUGAAGGUCACCGCCGAGCUGGAGGAUCGCACCAGUGACGAGAACCAGGGCAUAAUCCGUCAGUUAAUCGGCGAAAAUGAACAGAUGCGCCGACAACUGCAGAUCAGCAGCGCCGACCAGCUUUUCCACCAGGGAUCCCUCGGCUCCAGCGAGAGCAGCACCCAGUUCGAGCCGAGCGACUCCACAGAUCCAGACGCCUCCAUGACGAAUAGCAUCAGCAGUCUGGAGAGCUUUCUAUCCUGCCUCUCGCCGGGCAACAUGAACGAUGCCGAUUGCUCCUCAACCAGCUCGCUGGUCAGUCAGUUUGAGGUCAGCCGCUUCAUCGAGGAAGCUCUGGCCGAAAAUCCCACGGAUCUGGCGCCCAUUCAGGCGGAAUAGGCAUAUCACCGCAAAUAUUCAAACUUUACACAUAUUGCCCCAUUAAAUAUUGCCUUUUUGCGAUGGUUUAACUAGACUUGAUGUUGGGCCUUCAACUGCCAAAUAAAUUAUAGUUCGGGAUGGGAAUUUGCUGUUACUUUAGAUAGCGACAGUCAGCGAAUUCCCCAACCGAAAUAUAAUUUAUUCGAAGCCACACUUUCUGUAUACUGUUUCCUGCCAAUUACUUGUUGCUGUUUCUAAACAACAUUAUCACUUUCAUAAAUAUCUAAAUAACAUUUUA